AAAUAAACUUGUGCAGCCAUCUGCCGUCUGAGUAGAUGAAUGUCAGUUUUGACGCUAAUGUGUAGUUUGUUGGUAAGCUGCACAGUUUAGGAAUCAGACGCAAAGAAACAGCUGGUCUGGGACGUCCUCCUUCCGACUGCGGCUGUAACCCAGCAGAUACAUCAUCAUGUUCACGGAGCUACUUGUUGCCAUGGUGAUCGGAGGGCUGAUUUUCCUUCUGGUUCAGAGGGGAAGAACCCAGGUUCUGGAGACAGCGGAUGGCUGGUGGUGUACAGGAGAUCCCACUGAUGAAGACGUCACCGUCCGCCCAUUUAAAGUUACCACUAGUGACGAAGAGCUGCAGGACCUGUACCGGAGGAUAGACCAGACCCGUCCUGUUCCCUCAUUGGAGGACAGCCAGUUUAAUUACGGCUUCAACUCCCAGUACUUGCAGAGGGUGGUUUCUUACUGGAGAAAUGACUUUGACUGGAGAAGACAAGUUGACAAACUGAACCAGUACCCUCAUUUUAAAACUAAUGUUGAAGGUAUUGACGUCCAUUAUGUGCAUGUGAAGCCUACGAAGGUGCCUGAGGGGACAAGUGCUGUUCCCUUGAUAAUGGUUCACGGCUGGCCUGGCUCCUUCUAUGAGUUCUAUGGGUUGAUCCCCCUGUUAACAGAACCCUCAAACCCUGAGGACCUCGUGUUUGAGGUGGUGUGUCCCUCCAUACCAGGGUAUGGCUUCUCUGAAGCACCUCAGAAGAAAGGUUUUGAUUCAGUUUGUGCGGCACGUAUCUUCCUCAAGCUCAUGAAGCGUCUGGGCUUCCAGCAGUUCUAUGCUCACGGAGGAGACUGGGGAUGGCUGGUCACCACCAACAUGGCUCAGCUGGAGCCCAAGACUGUUAAAGGCUUGCAUGUAAACUUUGCUCCACCCUCCAAGCCGGGGUUGACUCUAACUUUAUCCAUUGUGCUUGGCCGUCGCUUCCCUUCGCUGUUUGGUUUCUCUGAAACGGAUGUUCAGCGUCUCUAUCCUUGCAUGGAGAAACUGGUGGUGGAAUCCAUUAAAGAGUCUGGCUACAUGCACAUCCAGGCCACCAAACCAGACACUGUGGGUCGAGGGCUGAAUGACUCACCUGUAGGUCUGGCUGCUUACAUCCUGGAGAAGUUCUCCACGUGGACAAGCCAAGAGUUCAGGAACCUGGAGGAUGGUGGACUCACCAGGAAGUUUUCUCUUGAUGACCUGCUGACUAAUGUGAUGAUCUACUGGACAUCUGGGUGCAUUAUCUCUUCCAUGAGGUUUUACAAGGAAAACUUUGGAAAAGGUCUGAACCAGCCUCACACUAAGAUUCCAGUCUACGUCCCAACAGGAUUCGCUUGCUUUCCCAACGAGCUGAUGCACACACCCAAGCUAUGGGUCAAACAGAAAUACCACAACCUCGUCACAUUUACUCCCAUGGCCCGUGGCGGCCAUUUUGCUGCCAUGGAAGAGCCCCAGCUGAUGGCCGAAGAUAUUCAGAAAUUCACAAAAAUGGUUGAGAAGACCAAGAAACAGAAGAGUGUUGUCUGAUAACCCCCCCCCCCCCCCCCCCCCCCCCCCAGUGUAGUUCAGAUGAUAAAACAGUAACCUGUUGAAGAGGCUGCAUAAGAUUAUUCAUCAACUCUUUUUGGUUUUGAUUGGUUUUCUUGUCUGAGACUACAUACAACCACAUUGUUUGCUGCCACCCAGAAGUGUUUUAAUAUCUUUAAAAUUGUGGUGGCAAAAAACAAAGCUUUUAGCAGCACAAAUCAUUGACAGUAAUUUACUUAGAUUUGAAGGAUAAAGGCGGACUUGAUGACCUUUGACCCCUGAAAACAUGUAUUAAUAGCUUUACAAUAAUAUCAGGCCAAAUAAAUACUUUAGCAGUUUAAGCAUCUUACAGAAUUUUUGUUAGAUUUAAAGAAUUUGUGGGGAGGACUUCACUCAGGUGACGAUGUUCAGCUCAGCGUGGUAUCCUCUCUCUCCAGACUGGUAGGAAACUGGGAGGUUUUGUUUUUUCCUGGUUUUGCAUUACAGUGUUCAGAUGCAGACUUAAGCCCAUCAGUUAAAGUCUUUAAUAAUUUUCCUUCAUGAUUCCAGUUUUAUGAUGUUUUUCUUUUUUUUACUGCAAAAUGUUUAAAAUCAAGAGCACAAAGUUAAAAUAUUGAUACAGCUUUCUGUGUGGAGAGUGUGCGAGUCCUGGAUCUGGAGGCAGGUUGGAUGGUGUUAAACAAGAUCAUAAUCUUUAUCAGACUGACUGGAUUAUUAGGAAAAAUGGGAAAAAAAAAUUAUCUCAGUUUGGUCUUAUAUAAGCUCCUAACUCGUAAACAUUUACUAACAGAAGGAACUUGUACGGUACUAAUACACGUGCCUAUGGCAUUAUUUGUUUAUCACAGACCACUUCCAGCUGCAGAUCAGGGGGCACUGAAAACUAACAUCUAGUUUAAAAUCUCUGGUUUCUUUAUAGUAGUUCACCGCUUAUUCCACACGCUGUUGGCUUUGGUUUAUAUUUGCCAACAUGUAAAAGAUGCAUCCUACUUACACUUUCUCAUUUCUUAGUAAGUUUCAACACCAAAAUUUAGAAGUUGUAAACAUGAUGUGUUUUGUUCAGUGGUGGAACUAGACUUUACAUGGGGUGGCCAGACUUUAUCAGGGCCCCUCACAUCCACUGCCGUGAUAACUAUGGUCACAUUAGAGAGGCAUGAAAAAUAAAACAAUUUUUACAUGAAAAGUCUGGAUCACCAAGUAGAAAUAUUUGCAACAAGUUAAAAAAAAAGUUCAUAGAAAGGUUAAUUAAGGAUCUACUAGUUGAUCCAUUUGGGAUGCAGUGUGUGGAGACUGAUGUGGUAGUAGGGGUAUCAAUGGCUUCUCCUAUCUGCACUCCUGGAUCAUUAUCUGGUGGUGGUGGUAAACUGGAUCCUUGUGUAGCUAGCUUCAUGUUGGGAGCUCUAGGGCUGCUAACAUUGGGGCUGGGGUCUAUCUCGGUCUGAACUAUACUAUUCCUCUUUACAAAAAUAAAAAAAAAAACUCCCUUUCUCAUUCUUAAAUCUUCCUAUACAAAAUCUGA